AUGGCACUGUUGAAAAUGAAGUUUCCAUUUCAGAGAAGAGUACACUUGGCUCAGGGUCUCUGGUUAAUGUCAUGGGUGGCCAUGGUCUGUGGAGCCACCACUUUUGCCUUGGGAGUCUUUCUCAAGACUGAGCUCAUCCGUCGGGCUGAGGUGAUGCAUAACAAUGACAUCCACAUUGUGCCCAAUCUGCUAAUGAUGGUCGGACUCACAUCUGUGGGCAUCAACCUCUGUGCUGGUAAAGUCUGUCAGGACUCCCUGGAUGCUUCACGGUUCCCACGCUGGAAGAACUUCCUCACUCCCUUCUUUUGCAUUUCUCUAUUCUUUACAACUUUGCUCUUGGUGGCCAUGGCACUGAGCUAUGCUCUGCAGCCCAGUCUGGAGGAAUCUCUCAAAGUGGGACUGAAGAACGGCAUACGCUUUUAUAAGGACACAGACACUCCAGGCCGGUGCUUCCAGAAGGAAACCAUUGAUCGUCUGCAGAUAGAGUUUCAGUGUUGUGGAAACACAAACUACAGGGACUGGUUCGAGGUGCAGUGGAUUAACAACCGCUAUCUGGAUUUCACAUCCAAAGAAGUAAAAGAUCGUGUGAAAAGCAAUGUGGAUGGUCGUUACCUGGUGGAUGGAGUUCCUUUUAGCUGCUGUAACCCAGCGUCCUCCAGGCCCUGCAUCCAGUACCACCUUCUAGACAACUCAGCCCAUUACAACUAUGAGUACCAGAGUGAAGAGCUUAACCUGUACAACCGUGGCUGUCGCCAGGCUCUCGUCAGCUACUACAUGGGCCUGAUGAACACAAUUGGGCCAGGAGUUUUGUCUGUUUUCCUGAUUCAGAUGACUGUGCUGAUUUGCCUGCGUUACCUGCAGACCUCCAUGGAGGCGGUUGAAGGUCAGGAGAACAUGGAGAUUGAGACGGAGGGCUACAUCCUGGAGAAAAGUGUGCAGGAAACAGUCAAAAAGUUAAAGGAAAAAGUACUGAAGUUGUUUCAGCAAGUGCAGGUGGAGGCUGAAUCCCCAGAGACUGGACCAGAGGCAACAGCAUCAUCUGGCAAAACAGCCACGGCCACCGGCUAA